GCGUGCCGGGGCGUGCCGGGGGCGGUGUACGGCGAGGGACGGCGGCGGGGCUGUCUGAGGGAAUGCGGGCGGCCAAGAUGGCUGCCGCCGCCGCCGCCGCUGCCGGCCGUCACCUGCUGAGGAGCUGCAGCCAGCUGCGGGUGCCGCUGCGAUGGAGAGCCCAGGCGCCGGCGGCCGCGGUGACCGGGAGCGCCGAGCCGCGGGCGCAGCCCCAGGAGCGGAAACCCAAGACAGGAAUCUUGAUGCUGAACAUGGGGGGCCCGGAGCGGCUGGAUGACGUCCACGAUUUCCUGCUGCGUCUCUUCCUGGACAGAGACCUGAUGACCCUUCCAGUUCAGAACACGCUGGCCCCGCUCAUCGCCAGGCGCCGCACGCCGAAGAUCCAGGAGCAGUACAGCAGGAUCGGCGGCGGCUCCCCCAUCAAGAAGUGGACGGCGCUGCAGGGAGAGGGCAUGGUGAAGCUGCUGGACAGCAUGUCUCCUCGCACUGCUCCUCACAAGUACUACAUCGGGUUCCGCUACGUGCACCCGCUGACGGAGGAGGCCAUCGAGGAGAUGGAGAGGGACGGCGUGCAGAGAGCCAUCGCCUUCACCCAGUACCCCCAGUACAGCUGCUCCACCACGGGAAGCAGUUUAAAUGCCAUUUAUCGCUACUACAACCAGAAAGGGGAGAAGCCAAAGAUGAAGUGGAGCAUCAUUGACCGCUGGCCCACACACCCCCUUCUCAUUCAGUGCUUUGCUGAUCACAUCCAGAAGGAGCUGAACCUGUUCCCCCCAGAGAAGAGGAAAGAGGUGGUGAUCCUCUUCUCAGCCCACUCGCUGCCCAUGUCGGUGGUGAACCGUGGUGAUCCCUACCCCCAGGAAGUGGGAGCCACUGUCCAGAGGGUCAUGGAGAAGCUCAACUACUCCAACCCCUACAGGCUCGUGUGGCAGUCCAAGGUUGGACCAAUGCCCUGGCUUGGUCCCCAGACAGACGAGACCAUCAAAGGGCUGUGCCAGCGAGGAAAGAGGAACAUGCUGCUGGUGCCAAUAGCAUUUACCAGUGACCACAUUGAGACACUGUAUGAGCUGGACAUCGAGUAUGCCCAGGUUUUAGCCAACGAGUGUGGAGUUGAAAACAUCAGAAGAGCGGAGUCUCUCAAUGGAAAUCCACUGUUCUCCAAGGCCCUGGCAGACCUGGUGUGCUCCCACCUGCAGUCCAACGAGGUGUGCUCCCGCCAGCUGACCCUGUGCUGCCCGCUCUGCGUCAACCCGGUGUGCCGGGAGGCCAAGGCGUUCUUCAGCAGCCAGCCCCUGUGAGCCCGGGCUCCUGCUGCUGGGGGGCACUGCAGCCAGCCCCCGGGAGCCCUGGGAGCCCCUCUGAGCCCCUGUGAGCCCGGGCUCCUGCUGCUGUGGGGCACUGCAGCCAGCCCCCGGGAGCCCUGGGAGCCCCUCUGAGCCCCUGUGAGCCCGGGCUCCUGCUGCUCUGGGGCACUGCAGCCAGCCCCCGUGAGCCCUGGGAGCUCCUGGGAGCCCUGUGAGCCCUGGGAGCCCUGUGAGCCCCUGUGAGCCCGGGCUCCUGCUGCUGGGGGGCACUGCAGCCAGCCCCGUGAGCCCUGGGAGCUCCUGUGAGCCCUGUGAGCCCGGGCUCCUGCUGCUGGGGGGCACUGCAGCCAGCCCCCGGGAGCCCUGGGAGCUCCUGGGAGCCCUGUGAGCCCUGGGAGCCCUUUGAGCUCCUGUGAGCCCGGGCUCCUGCUGCUGGGGGGCACUGCAGCCAGCCCCCGGGAGCCCUGGGAGCCCCUCUGAGCCCUGGGAGCCCCCGUGAGCCCUGUGAGCCCUGUGAGCCCCUGUGAGCCCGGGCUCCUGCUGCUGGGGGGCAUUGCAGCCAGCCCCCGUGAGCCCUGGGAGCUCCUGGGAGCCCUGUGAGCCCUGGGAGCCCUUUGAGCUCCUGUGAGCCCUGUGAGCCCGGGCUCCUGCUGCUGUGGGGCACUGCAGCCAGCCCCCGUGAGCCCUGGGAGCCCUCUGAGCCCCUGCGAGCCCGGGACUCCCUGCUGCCGUGUCUCCCAGCAGCCAGCCCCUGUGAGCUCCCUGCUGCUGUGCCCCACUGCAGGCAGUCCCUGUGAGCUCCCUGCUGCUGUGCCCCCCAGCAGCCAGCCCCUGUGAGCUCCCUGCUGCUGUGCCCCCCAGCAGCCAGCCCCUGUGAGCUCCCUGCUGCUGUGCCCCACUGCAGCCAGCCCCUGUGAGCUCCCUGCUGCUGUGCCCCCCAGCAGCCAGCCCCUGUGAGCUCCCUGCUGCUGUGCCCCCCAGCAGCCAGCCCCUGUGAGCUCCCUGCUGCUGUGCCCCCCAGCAGCCAGCCCCUGUGAGCUCCCUGCUGCUGUGCCCCACUGCAGCCAGCCCCUGUGAGCUCCCUGCUGCUGUGUCCCCCAGCAGCCAGCCCCUGUGAGCUCCCUGCUGCUGUGCCCCCCAGCAGCCAGCCCCUGUGAGCUCCCUGCUGCUGUGCCCCACUGCAGCCAGCCCCUGUGACUCCCUGCUGCUGUGCCCCACUGCAGCCAGCCCCUGUGAGCUCCCUGCUGCUGUGCCCCACUGCAGCCAGCCCCUGUGAGCUCCCUGCUGCUGUGCCCCACUGCAGCCAGCCCCUGUGAGCUCCCUGCUGCUGUGCCCCACUGCAGCCAGCCCCUGUGAGCUCCCUGCUGCUGUGCCCCACUGCAGCCAGCCCCUGUGAGCUCCCUGCUGCUGUGCCCCACUGCAGCCAGCCCCUGUGAGCUCCCUGCUGCUGUGCCCCCCAGCAGCCAGCCCCUGUGAGCUCCCUGCUGCUGUGCCCCACUGCAGCCAGCCCCUGUGAGCUCCCUGCUGCUGUGCCCCACUGCAGCCAGCCCCUGUGAGCUCCCUGCUGCUGUGCCCCCCAGCAGCCAGCCCCUGUGAGCUCCCUGCUGCUGUGCCCCACUGCACAGCACAGCACAGCUCACCCCGGGGCAGGGCUCCUGGUGUUUUCUUUCAGAAGGGUAUUGGGGAUUGGGGAGAUGAGGGCAUUUAUCCUGUCAGGUGUGAGAGAUCUUGUGUCAUCCAGCCCAACAGGACUCGCUGAAAAACCUACACAGCUUUUUUACAAUUAGCUUCUAUUUCUAUGCAGGGGUUUACUCGUGUGCAGGCUGGUCACGAGCUCAUUACCGUGCCAGGUCGAAGGUACACUUAUUUUGUUAUUUUGGUUUUGCUUAAGGUGCAGUCUGAGCAGCAGUCUGCUGUCUGCUCUGAGAGGGACUUUGCAGCUGGCUUUGGAGACUUUGGAGAUCAAGUUACUUCUAAUGCUUUUUAAUAAGGCCUGUAUGUAUAUAUUUUUUGAAUUUUUUUUUUUAGAGCAUAAAGAUAAGGCUUUGUUUUGGUUUGGUUUUCUCCUGCCGGAAACUUCCCGUGAAAGCUUAGCUGGGAUAGUAGAAUGCACAAAACUUGUUUACAUUUUCUAGGAAAAACAUUUUCAUUAUCUGCAGAAAAUUAUUUGAAGAGUAUAAAUUGAAAAUAAUUAGCCUGCUUGGGUAAUGCUGGAGAAUUUGCUCCAUUGAAACUGUGUGUUUCAAGUCUAGCAGGAGCAUGUGUGGAAACAUGCUGGUGUAUCUGUUAAGCAGAAUGGCUUUUUAAAUCCUUAUUUUUAUUAAAAAAGGGCUUUUUCUGUUUGGUGAAGUAAAUUUAGGAAGGCAGGCUUGUUCCCCAGGAGGUUUAUAGAUCCACUCUGUGCUUUCUACUGUGCCACAGCCCUGUGGUUUUGUGGGAUAGCUGUGGGGUGCCAUGGGUGGGCCUGACCUGGCUUAACUGCUGUUAUUUGAGCAGGAGACGAUCAGUCAGGAGUCACCUAGAGCUUCGGGUGCCCGAGCCCAGGCCGCCCGUGCUGGGGCUCUCCUGAGGGGCUGCCAGCCCCCAGCAGGGCCGUGCUGGGCGUGCCCAGGGCACGCUGUGACAGGAGCAGGGCUGUGACAGUGGCGUGAGCCCUGCGUGUGGCAGCCCCGCUGGCACCCCUUGUUUACUUGAUGUCCUUAGCACUGAAAUGGCAGCAGCUGGGCACUGCAGGCUGCCCCCUGGCACUUGCUGGUGCCUGGGGAGCAGGUGCCACGCUGCUCAGCCAGGCUGAUCUGCUCAGGUAACCGUGAGGCACCCGCAGCUUGGACCUCGGGCCUUUAGGGAGCAGGGUGUUCAAGGAGGGGUUUAGCAGGGGUUUGUCCCGUUCUGUUUGUUGCUGGAAUUAGGGAUGGGGUGCUGAGGAACGGGUGGAUCCCGUGUUGAGCACCUGUGCAGUGCUGUGCACCCCAGUACCUCUGCAGAGCUCCACUGCCAUGCCUGCUUCCAGGGUGGGACAGACUGACAUUCCUGCAGCGCCAGCACUGCUGCAGCACCCUGCUCCCCACAGAAAGAAGUCUUCCUUCCCUUCCUGCCUGUGCCUGUUCCAGUGGCAGGGAGCCAGGAGCUCCUCUCCCCCUCCUCUCCCUCCCCCUGGGCUCUGCUCACAGCCUGGGCAGGAAAAAGGAGCACAAAUGUCCACGGUGUCUGGGAACACUGGCCUUACGUCUCUCCUUGGACAAAGAACUUCCUCUGCCUCGCUUCUCUGCGUGACACUUUGGGAUCAGUGGAAAACUAUCUGGUCUGUCAAACCUUCCUGCCCACUCCUGGUUCCUCACAGCUGGGGGGAGUGUGGACCUUCCAGUGCUCCAGGCUGGGACCACCGCAUUUACAAGUGUGGCAAGCAAAGGUUAACAUCAUAUGAACCUUGUGGUAUUAUAAAUACAGAUGGCUUUUCAUUUUCAUACUGGAGAGAGUCCUGAAAAUACCAGCUGGCACUGAUUCUGAGGCAUUACAUUUGUCCCCAGUAAUAAAAGACACUUAAAAUUCACUUUGGAGUGUUCUAACCACAAGCAGGAUAAUUACUCUGCUGCUGCUGUUACACCAUCAUGCAGAAAUCACUUAAUUUUCCAGCUUUUAGCAGAUGGAGCCUGUCUCACAGAGCUGGUGGUGCUGUUUGCUGUCAGGCUAGUUUUCAUCAGGGUUUCUGAGGAGUUUCAUCUCCCAGGCCGGUGCCCAGCGUGGGUGGGUGUGUGCCCCAGGAGAGAUGAAUCCGUGGUGCCUGUGCCUUCCUGAGCCCUCCUCAGGGCUGUGUCCCACCCAGUUUGCAGCUCAGCCUGCCCUGCAGGUGCUCUGAGCUGGCUGGAGCCCUGGGGGACUGUGGGGCUGGCAGGAGUCACUGUCCUGGCCCAGGGGAUCUGCCCUGUGGGGCUCUGGCCUCAGGAUAUUGGCUGGAAAUUGGAGUCAGGAACAGCCCGUGGUGUCCUCAGGGAAGAAAUGGGAAGGGGUCAGCUUGUUUUCCUGCUCUAACACUCUGCAGUUUGGCUUAUGUUUUCGUUAUUGAGUGAAUUUUUCUUUUUGAGUUUCUUCUUAACCUGUCUGUCGGUCCUCGCUGCAUUUCAGAGAAGGUGGAAGCUCCCAGAAGGUGCUGUGACACCACGGGGCUGUGGGUGGUGUGGGAGCUGGCUCCUGCCAUCCCCUGGACAGGAGGGUGGCACAGCUGAGCUCAGGGAUUCCCAGAGUACCUAAAAGCUCAGUGAAUUCUCCCAGAGAGCUGGGGAUCACCUUGAAGUGCAAGCUGCAAGGCAGAGCAGCUCCCUUGGGUUUGCUCGUGCCACGUGUGUACAGAUACUUGCUCUUAGCCCAACACAUGCAUUUCUGAUUGACCAAGGACUUCCACUGGAUGUAACCCAGCAAAUCUGGAUACUCCUGCUGUGUGUCGUUUGCCAUAAGGAUGGAAUUAAAGUUCUUUGGAGGAAA